GCUGUGCUUAUUGGUUUCGCUGCUUUGCUUGGCGAAAAUGUCUACAAUUUCGGAGAAUUGCUUGCUCACCCAAUCUUGAAAGCUCUCGAAGGCUCCGGCGAAAAGUGGCUCUCAGAGGUUUUGUACGCCUUCAACUGUGGUGAUCUCAACAAGUUUUACUCACUCGAGAAAUACUGGUCUGAAUGGGAUGAUUUGAAGCGUAAAAAAGAUUUUUUGGUUGGAAAAAUCCGGUUGCUAGCUAUUAUGGAGCUUGCUCUUGCACGACCAUCAAAAGAACGCCGGAUCUCUUUCAAAGAGAUAGCUACCAAAUGCCAAGUGCCUGACAAUGAGGUUGAGUUCUUAGUCAUGAAGGCCCUCAGCAAGGAUUUGGUGAGAGGGGCUAUAGAUCAGGUGAACCAGUCGGUCCUCAUUACCUGGGUGCAACCUCGGGUACUCAAUACCAGUCAGGUGCUAUCAAUGGCCAAUCGCAUCGCUGCAUGGAGCAAAGACGUGAUUGCUAUGGAAAAUAUCGUUAGUGAGAACGCCCGUGAGAUCUUGACGAAAUCUUAG